AGUCUUGCUUCUGCUGUCGGAGAGUGUAUGUCAGAUGUGAUCAGUGCGGCUUACAUCCACAGUGACUCGUUCCAAUCAUUCGACCUGACAGUUUUACUGGAUUAUUGUGCUGUUAUGAGUUGAACCCCCUUGUGCUUUGUGUAGUGUGUUGUGUGCUUCAUGAUUGAUGAAUAAACUGCAUCACUUCUCGCCUGCGUUCCUGCCGUAGCUAUGGAGAUCCGGCUGGACUUCCCUGGAUUCGCUGUACCGUGCCUGCUACUCCUUACCUGCAUUCUUCCAAUCGGGGAAGCCCAGCUCCAGUACUUUCGUGUCUCUCCUAAGGAUGAGAAGGUGCAAGAGGGAGAGGAGAUCACUCUGAAGUGCGAAGUUGCCAACCUUGCCGGCAGAGUGCAAUGGACCAAGGAUGGCUUCGCUCUUGGCUUCAACCACAUAAUCCCGGGCUACCCGCGGUACUCGAUGACAGGUGACAGCAGCAACGGGGUGUACAACCUGCGAGUGGUCAACGCCAGCCUCGAGGAUGACGCCGAGUUCCAGUGCCAAGUCGGUCCAGCCAAGUUCCACAAAGCCAUCCGAGCCAAUGCCAGGCUCUCUGUCAUAUCACCGCCUUCCUCGAUACAAAUUGUGGAUCACAAACCUAACGAGAAAAUUGAGAUUCAUGAGAAUCAAUCUCUGCAACUGGAAUGCCAAGUACGAAAUGCGAAACCAGCUGCAUCCAUUGUAUGGUACAGACAUAAUGUGGAACUCAAGCUUGAAAAACGAGAGGAUCGCAUCAUUGAGAUCUCGGUUCCCGGGCAGAAAAUCAAACGAUACACGAUUUCAAGCAAAAUCACGCUGACGCCGACGUCGGAUGAUGACAACACGGACUACACGUGCGCUGCCAAGCACGAGGCUUUGCCAGCUGACCUGCCCUAUGUCGCCACUGUCCAACUCAGUGUUUUAUACCCACCAGGCCCGCCGUACAUCGAAGGCUACACGGAAGGAGAAACAAUCAGACGAGGCCAGACCGUAGAGCUAGUGUGCAAGUCGAGAGGCGGCAACCCACCUGCGCAGGUCAUCUGGUACAAGAACGACGAGCAGAUCCACAUGCAGUACAGGACAACCACCAAAGUGUCCGAGAACAUCUACUCGUUCACGGCCGACUCCAGUGACAACAAGGCCAGAUACCGCUGCGAGGCCUCCAAUGUCAUGAGCGUGUCGCCUCUCAAAGCUGAGGUUGACUUGACUGUAUUCUUCGCACCGUCUCACGUGACAAUAUCGGGACCAACGGAAGCGAGGGUGGGCGACAUAGUGCCACUGACCUGCCUGACGGCUCCGAGCAAUCCGCCAGCCGAGGUGAAGUGGAUGAUCGGCGGCAAACAGGUGAAGAACGCGACACAGCGCACCUACACUGCGCAGGAGGGGGGAUGGAUCACCACCUCCAACACGACGGCCGUCGUCGUCCCUGACAAGAGGGCUCUCGUCGUCAUCUGCCACGGACUCAACAUGCAGCUCACCGAGAACGUUGUCAGCACGCACACCAUCAAUGUUCUCAAUCCACCCGGUGCGCCAACUAUCACAGGGGUUGAGGCGGGUAAACCCCUAACAGCCGGAAAAGUUACAAAACUCUCGUGCACAUCUUUGGGGGGAAACCCUCUUGCAACAUUGACUUGGUAUAAGAAUGAUAAAAAGAUCCCGUCGCAAACAAAAGAAGCAGGUAUCUCAGUACAAUCAGAAAUACAAAUUCUAACGAAUGUCACAGAUAAUGAAGCAAUCUACAAAUGUGAGGCAACUAAUCCUGCUACAGAAAUACCACUCAUUGCAACUGUCACCCUCAGUGUUCUUUACCCACCGGAACGCGUGCAAAUCCGCAAAGACCCCGAGGAGCUGCGUUCCAACUCGACUGCCACCCUGAUCUGCGACGCCAGCUCGAGCAACCCGCCGGCCAAGAUGACGUGGUGGCGGGAAGGCAUCCCCGUCACGGACGGCAUCAUGUCGCAGAGCUCCAAGCCGGGUCUGCAUGGCGGCACCGUCUCCUCCAUUCAGCUCAAGCUCAACAUCACUCCCGACAUCGAUGGCAUCGUGUACACGUGCAAGGCCUCCAAUGAGGAACUGCAGAGAUCCGUGCAUGACAUCGUUACAAUGAAUGUCUUGUACAAGCCAGUGUUCGUGGAAAUGACGGAAACAUCGUUCACUGGCGCAGAGGGAGAGAGCCUGAUUGUCUCGACGCAGGCCCAUGGCCGGCCGUCGACAAUCUCGUACACGUGGACUAAGGACACGUCGCCACUCGUCGCCGGGCCGUACCUGCAUAUCGAGAACUCCGUACUCAACUUCACCAGACUCAAUCGAAGCGAUGCCGGCUCCUACACUUGUGAAGCGGUCAACAGCGAGGGUGCCACUACUGUCACCAUCAACAUCACUGUGCAAUAUCCAAUGAUAAUAACUGAUAUCAGUAGUGAACUAAUAGUUGGAGAAGGCGAAGAUGGAGAGUUCUGGUGCCAGGUGGAAGGCAAUCCAAUCUCUGCCGAGAACAUCUCGUGGCGUCGCGAUAAAAAGCCAGACAUCGGCCAGAGGAUGGAAACGAUCUUCAGAAAUAACACGUCGACCAUGCUCCUGCACGCUGUCACCAAAGAUGACAUUGGACCAUACAACUGCGUCGUUGGCAAUGGAUUGGGCAAUCAGACUAGCAAGAGCACCUACUUAGUCCUGGACCCAGUGCGCUACGAAUCCGUGCUGAUUGUGAGAAACGUUGAGAACAGUGACUAUGGCAGAUACGAAUGCAUCGCUCGCAACGAGCUGGGUUUUGCCACGUCCAGUGUGACACUGGUCCUGAAGGCAGGUCCCGACCCGCCGACGGGCCUCACUGUGCUCAACACAACGCAUGACUCGAUGACCUUGGGGUGGACGCCCGGCUUCGACGGUGGACUUCCGGCCACGUUCCGGCUACGCUUCAGGCCUGUCACAACCUCCAAUGUCAAUUACAGGUACGAAGACGCAGGAAAUGUGACGAAAUAUACAGUCACCGGACUGAAUCUUGGUACGCAGUAUGUGUUCAGCAUAAUGGCACAAAACAAAAUGGGAGAAACAAAAUUCCUGCCAGACAUCGUGAAAGGCACGACGCUGAAAUCUCAGUCCCAGCAUAUCAGGGAAGGCAAAAGUUUGCAAGUUGCUCAAUUUACAAGGUUUUCACUUACGAGAGUACUAAAUAUAUUUUCAGUACCUCUAUUGCUUGAGAAACGUUAUCAGGAUACUUCAUUCAGUGUGGCGCCGCCGUCGCUGGCGAGUCGCGGCAAGGGAGGUGGCGGGGGUGCGGGAGGCGGCAGUAACAAGGUGCUUGUCAUCGGAGCGGUGGUCGGUGCAUCUGUCCUCCUGCUCAACGUGCUCCUCGUCGCAUGUUGCUUGCGCCGGAAAACCAACAAACGCAUCACAGGUUUGCCCGAGGAGCUGAUAGCUGGCGCGGAACUGCCGCUGCUGCUGACGCUCGGUGUCGCGUUCACCGCCGCGCUGCUACUCAUUCUCAACAUCACUCUGGUCGCCUGCUUCGUUUACCGCAAACGCGCAAGAUCUGGCAUUGUGUCAUCAGGUGUGAGCGAACAGAGUAGCAGUAAAUCUGCAACAAUAGAAAUGUAUGCUCCCAGUAGUUACAAUGAAACAGUGACGGGCGAAACGUUGAGCUCCGUGUCGGAAAAAAGCGAAAGCUACUCUGACAGUAAUCAGGACUAUACGGAGGAUGCGAGGAAGCAAGCUGCAAGCACGUAUUUGAUAGAGCAAAUCGAAUAUCCAUUCCAAUACCCUGGCUAUGAGAUGCAGCACCAAAUCAAAGAGGCUGAGACGAUCGGUCUGCAGAGGAACACCUACGGAACACUCCCACACAACGGAAGUGUUUGCGACUGUGUAGGUGGAGUGGGAGUGGGGAUGGUGGGCCCCUACCCCGACGGUGGAGCCCCCUACUACAACGUGAGUGCGGACGCCCGCUACGUCGCAUAUCCGCCACCUCCUCCCGUGCAGUUCGCUCAACCGCCCCUGGCACAUCCGCCCCCGCGUCCUGUGCCACCUCCGGACGUGACCGUGCUCACGGCGCCGCCCCCCAUGCUAUCCACCUUCAGCUACAACGCCAUGGAGACCGAGGGUCAUCUCGUGUGACAGAGUCUGCCCGUCUGCUGAUUUCGGCACACCAAGAACGGUCUGCUUUACUAGACUGUAUCCACUCGCACUUACAUUUUGUAAUAUAAAAACAGAUUUUGUUCUGGUUUUUGAACAUGAAUUUCAAAAAAUGAGAAACUGGAAACUGAAUUUAAAUUUGAGUCUCACCUUGAUUUAGCAGAAUCAAACUAUGCUAUUCGAAUCGAAAACUUAAUGAAAGUUUGAAGUUUCAACAACCGGUUGACCUUCGAUAAAUGAUCGAGUGGAUUAUGAAUUUGAUGUGUCAAGAAGAUAAUGUAUCGAUGUGACUGAAUUAGUAGUAAUGUUUUGUAGAACCCACUCAUGACAAACUUUUCAGUAUUUUUCUUUGACUCGAGCAGUGUGGUUAAUGCUUCAGAUUCAUCAUCUAUCUCCUAAAUGAUUGUCUUUGAAUAAGUAGACAAAUCUUAGUUUUUGAAGACAACUGACAUUUACUGAUAUUUAUUGGUAAUCUAUUCCACAAAUUGAUUGGUUAGAUUCAAUCAUCGUUGCAUUUCUCAAUAUGAAACAGAAAAUAAUAAAAAUAUAUGAGUACCGGUAUUUAUAGUUUUCAUUGAAGACUGAAAAAUUGUUACUGAUAACUACAUAGAUUUAUGUUUUCAAUUCAUGGUUUGAUUCUGCAAAAAUAUCACUUGAUAGAAAGUGAACACCGGUAUGCCGUAACUGUAUCUAGAGCCCAUAAAUCCAUCACAUAUCUCAACUUUGAAUUUUUAUCAUUUUUUUAAUAUGAUUUUAAUGAUGAAGCUUUUAAAUUCUCAUAUUCUUAAUUUUAAACAAGUGGUAGAUAAUAUUUUUCCUUGUUAAUUUUGUAGCCAGUUAUCUUAGUCUUGUUUAAUCUCAUCGGUUAUAUUGUUUUAAAUUGAGUUGUUUAUCAUGAUUUAUGUAUAUAUUUUUAUUUUUGUAGAUAUUCUCCAAGAAUAUUCUUUUUAAAAUUAUAUUUCCGUAACAUUUUACUUUUUAAUUCUAUUGAAUCAGUAUCAUAGUGGUAAUUUUUGGUUUUAUCAUAGGAAUUCUAUUAUCGUUGUAGAUAUUCUCCAAGAAUAUUCUUUUUAAAAUUAUAUUUCCGUAACAUUUUACUUUUUAAUUCUAUUGAAUCAGUAUCAUAGUGGUUAAUUUUUGGUUUUAUCAUAGGAAUUCUAUUAUCGUUGAUUUUAUUAUUUAUUCAAAUUGUUUCAAUUAGGAAACCUUUAUUACUAAACAUAUUUCACAUUUCCGAUGUUUUCGUUUAUUGGAUGGUUUGGAUAAUAUCCCGAUUGGUUGCCAUCAAUGGCAGACCAAACAAAAAACAUAUAUAAGAAGGCGUUGAGUUAAUGGGAACUAAAAAUUGAAUCAAUUUUUCUUUAAUAAAUAAUUUUUGUGAAAAUAGUGAUGUUCUGGAUAAAGUUCCUAACUCUGUUUUUAUGUUACAAAUGUAAGAGCUUUUUGUGUUCAAGAAUAUCUGAAAACAAUAUUUUUGGUGGUUCGUGAUAGGUGGAGAAUUAUUGAAUUGUGAUAGACACUUUUUGUUGGUAACGAACAAUAUCCACACAGCGUAAGUGUGGAUUAGUGAGGUGCGAGUGUCUUAGGAUGGAUGUUCAUCAAAUGAAACAGGAAUGUGUUCGAAACUACGUUCAUUGCGUUUUUAGUGAUUUUGUUUUUAUUGUUCGUUUUUAGUCUUUGUUUUAUGUGUGACUUUUCAUAAUUUUACUUGAAAAAUUUCCCAUGUCUCUGUUCUAAAAUGACUUUGUGGAUAAUAUCGACUUAUGAUAUAUUAUCAUAUUCAUGUUUCUAUCAAUGAAAAAACACGAUUACUCUUAUAACUUGAUUAUGUGGGCUGAUAUCAUAUAAUUAUCACAUUAUUAGUUGAUAGCUAUCACUGUAUUUAUCUAAAAUCCAAGCAUAGUAAGCACUAUUCCGAAACUAAUUUGUUUUCUAUUUAGUUAAUACUUUAAUUAAACAAAAUAAUUUUUCACUAAUUAUUUUUUCAUUCCAAUUUUAAAAAUAUUAUUUGUCCUCUUUAGCAUUAGAGUUUUGCUGUAGAAAUGAUGAAGGGAACUAAUGUAAUAUCUCAUCUUUAUUCUAGUGAAGUUUCAGUUUAUUUUAAAUGGAAUUUUAUGCAUAUUAUUAUCCACCAAAUAUAGCAUGAAUCAGAACAAUAACAAUUAUUAUAUUUAAAUUCCGCUGUCUAAAUCAAUUACAGAUAUUUUAUUAAAAAUUUUUCAUUAAUCAUAAAUCCUCACACAUUUUUAGUAAAAUGUCUGGUGAAUCCUGGAUUAUUAGUUUUUCUUCUAAAUUCCUAAAAAGUAUUUAGUUUUUGAAACUUUAAUUCAAAUUUAGCUUAUUGAAAUCAUUCAGAAACCCGCUGGUAGAAGUAACUAUAUUUAUCUACAUAAAUGAGAUUCGAGACUCAAAUACUAUCCAUUCCAAAAAUAAUGGAACAUUCCUAAUAUUGAUCUCAGCUUUUUUGUUUUGUCUUGAAUUUUAAUAAUCAUGUGACAGCUCACAGUAAAAACCAUCAGAAAAUAGGGAUCGCAAUUACUUAUUAGUAAAAAAGAAUACGACAAUAACAAAUUUGAAAAGUGUUCAUAAUUGAACAAUCAAGCUCAAUACUUUGGAAUUAAAUGAAUGCCUUAUAGAAAAUUCAUUGGUACUGUGCUUGAAGAACUGAAUGGACAUUUCCUCUUCCGAAGACGUUUUUAAUGCUAAGCAAUAGUUUUGUUCUUGUACAUGCUUUUGAAUAUCCAUUCGAUUUCAAUGUAAAACUUUUGACAUAUUUUUGGAACAGUAGGUGUCAGAACAUUGUCCAUGCUAGUGACGCAAGACUGUCUUGCUAGUUCAUUAGAACCGUUCACCGUUUACUCUGAAAUAAGUUUCCCAAUAAAGAAACACUUCUUUGUUAGUACCUUAUCAUAUGUUGUGCCAUUAGAAUUGUCAUUGUGAAGUAUUGAAAAUGACAUCAAAGUGCUAUUGGAUCUUCAGAAAUCAAUCGUAUUGUUCAAUUCAUGUACAAUGUUUUUUAAUUUUUUUUUUACUGACUGAAAGUCAAAUCAUCCUCUACAUCCCACAUCUACGAUCAUUAACGAUUCGUUGUUAGUUUUCGAUCAUGAACGCAGUAAGACAUGGGUUAUUUUUCGAGUAGAUUCUGUGUGGAAACAGUUUUGUGAAUCAAAGUAUUUAUUUUAAUACAAGGAACAAUAACUUUGAAAUAAAUCAUUGUCGACUUUAUAACACAGUGGUGUUAUAACGAAUUUAUAACACUGCUUAUGAACAUAUUGUUUUAUCAUUUUAGAUUUUGUUUUUGUUAGUUGCUCCGUAUCUGACAUAAUUGUGAUUGAUGUUAAAUCUGUUGCGAUGUGCAUUGUGGAAGCCUAGUCGUCAGAGAAUCGUACCAAAGUAGUGUACAAUGUACAUAAUAGUGACAGUAGGGUCUUUAAUGUAAAUAUAUUGGUUAUGAUUGACCGACUGUUAAAUCAGCUCAAUUCCAUUUUUUAUAACAUUAAUAAUUGAUGAUCUAAUGUUGAUAAUAUUGAUUGAUUGAUUGUUUGAUAUUAAUAUUUAUGAUACCUCUAUAUAUAUGACGAAUAUAAUCUGUUUUGAAACAAGGAAAUACAUGAAAAUUUCACUCUGUUCUCAUCAACUCUUCGAGUCUAUGUUUAAAAUUCUCUCAAAUCAUUAUUAAUUGUGUAAUCCUGAAAAGAAAAUUAAUUUUGAAUGUUGAUAAUUGUGAAGAAGAUGAGGAUUAAUCUCAUGACUAGUUCGAUAACUUGAGAUUUGUGGUUAAUUUCAUAGAAAUUAAAUUCUUAUAAUUUUUUUGUGAUUCGAAUAGUCUGUGGAUGUGCCAAAACUAGAAUAAAAUCAACUCUUAGAGCAUAAAUGUUUCAAAAAAAAUUCAUAAUAUUGUUGCCGAGAAUGAGAAUGAUAUUUUCAUGCAUUUACAACGCAUAAAAAUCAAUAAUACCCCGCGUUUAUAAUAAAUUAAAAAUCUGUUACAAUUAUUACGAUCGUAUCAAAUUGUAUUUUGAUCUCACUAUGUUUCCUUUUGUUCUGAUACAGAAAUUGAUACGUCCUUGGCAUUUUAGCCAAAUCGAUUUGAAUCUGAAUGAUAAUAUUCUAUUGAUUGUUGAAGAACAUUUGUUCUCUUAAGGAAAUUUGUAAAAAUAAUAAGGAACAUUUCAAAUAAGAUCAUUAUUUUUGUUUUCUAAAUGUUGAGAUACUUGAAAUGUGUCCUUUGUAUGUAUGUAUGUAUUGUAUGUAUGUAUAUAUCACUUAGACUUAGGGGAAGAGCAAGGUGAACGGCCUAUAAUACUUUUCAUACAUCUCACCUUUUAUAUUUAUUUAUCGCUUAUCAAAAGUUUGUGUACAUUUCGGAGUGCUGAACCAUAGUACCUUCCUAGUUUUAGCAUUUUGUAUAGCAGGUAUUUUCUUUAAAGUUUCAACAUUAUCAGUAUCUCUAUAACUGAGAUGAUUAAAGGAGAUGUUUAUCUUUGAAUAGAGGCUUUUUAACUAUAAAUUGGAAGUUUCCUAAAUUGAAAUUAAAAAUUUGAUGUAUUAUAUUCAGUCUCUUCAAAACAUUGAUCGUAUUUUUUCUAUUCUUGGUUCCAUUCAGAUAUUUAAGAAUAUAUUGUGAGAAUAAUAAAUUGUAACGUAUAUGAUUAUUGAUUAUCAUAAAAUGUUUAAUUAUCAUGAUUCUUUAUGCCAUUAUCAUGAUCCCAUUAUGCUUGAAUUUUGAUCCCAUAUUUGAUUUUUGUUACAGAAUAUUUUCAGAUGUUUUCUUCUACAACAAUCAUUCAUUGUUUGUUAUCAAAAUAACAUCUCACAAUUCUUUUCACUAUUCUCCUUAAGUUGAAAUUGUCAAUUCUUAAAUAAUUUUUGCACCAUUUUCAUAUAAUUUUUAGUUACUGAUUGGAUACUGCAAUCAAUAAUCAAUCAUACAUCACUAUUUUUUUGCACAUGAUUAUUACAAUAUUUAUAGACUCCUAAAAAUAUUAUUUGCAUUUAAAACAUGCUAUUUCAUUAAAAAAUCUUCAAUCUAAUUUAAAUUCAUCCAAAAAAAUCUUUAAAUCAAACUAAUUGUUUCAAUAAGCAUCAGUAUCCCAUUUUUAAUUAGUAUAAGUUGAAACUAAAGUGGAUCCUGCCAUGCACUUCAAAUAGGCCAAAGUAAUCUACCAUCUUUUACCAAGUUGAGGAAUGAAUAUUGUUAUGCGCGCGAGUGUGAAUUGAAAUGUUGAACUUUAUGUUUUGAGCUGUUUUAAAUUCUUCAAUGUUUACUACAAGUUGUCUCUGAUUUUUCAUGCUAAAUGUUGUAUGCAAUCUUUUGCUGACAGUUGUAUUUUAUAGACAUUGACAUUUUUAUUUUGACCGAACCUUCACAUUUGUAUUAAAAAUCAAUCAUUUGUUUAUUAAAAUUGAUUUUUAAUA